ACCCCAUUCUGGCUUGUGUGUUUGUGUGUGUGCAGCAUGUAUUUGUGUCCCCUCGGCUCUGGUGAAAGUCAUGGCAGGUCCUGACCUGAUCAAAACUCUCAUGUACACCGUCAACCAUCUGCUGCAGCAGGACAAAUACAGAGCUGCGCUGGCGGUCGUGAAGGGAUUCAGAAACGGCGCCGUAUAUGGGGCCAAAAUCAGAGCUCCCCAUGCCCUGGUGAUGACAUUUCUGUUCAGGAGUGGCAGUUUGAAGGACAAGCUCAAAGCCAUCUUGAAGGCCACGUACACCCACUCCCGCAACCUGGCGUGCUUUGUGUUCACAUACAAAGGACUGCAAACCCUGCAGGAGAAGAUCCAGGGGAAGACUUUGCAGUCGCACUCCUUUCUGGCCGCCUGUGUUGGAGGAUGGUUAGUGUUUGGAGAUAACAACAACAUCAAUAGUCAGAUCAACAUGUACCUGCUGUCCAGGAUCCUGUUCGCUCUGUCUCGGCUGGCGGUCGAGAAAGGAUUUAUCCCCCAGCCUAAACGCGACCCAUUCCCACUGUUUGCCACGCUGGUGUGGGGCAUUGUCUUGUGGCUGUUUGAAUAUUACCCACACACCCUCCAGCCCUCCCUACAGUCUUCAAUGAACUACCUCUACCAUGACAGCAACGUGUGGCACGACAUCUCAGACUUCCUCGUUUAUAAUAAACCGAGGACUGCUGCUCAGAAGUGAACCAUAAGUUUGUUGGUUCUUUUUCAGUAUGGACUAGCUCCCUAUGACCACAAUCCUUUCAUGAUUAUGUUUUUAAUAAUUAAUAAUAUUCCAAACAAUAUUGUUUGUUGCCUUUUAAAUUUUUUUUCCCAGAUUGUACUGUAUGAAGUUUAUUUUGUUUUCUGAUGUACUGACAUGUGUCUUUUCUUGUGUUCAACACAAUAUGCAGUUAUCAAAGUGAACUUGCGUUUGUUGAAAAUUCCAACAAAAGACAUACACCAGCAUAUUUUUAUAUGCAGUAUGAUUUUACCUCCUUGUAUGAUAAUUGUCCUCGUAAGCACAGCUGCCACAGAGUAAAGAUGUUCACUUUAAAACAGCAAACCUGCUGUAAGGCUGAGACAAAAAAAUGUUACUAUCAACAAUGUCAUUAUGAUCUGUUCAUACCUUGUGUUCUUCUUGAAAAUUAAUUAAUAACUAAAACAAUGACACCUGUAUAUUAAAAACCUGUCUGUUGA